AGGUUCCAGGCUUGCUGUAAUUACCCAGAAUAUUGCAAAUCUUGGCACAGGCAUUAUAAUAUCUCUCAUCUAUGGCUGGCAGUUGACACUUCUCCUGUUAGCAAUUGUACCCAUCAUUGCAGUAGCAGGAGUUAUUGAAAUGAAAAUGCUCUCUGGACAAGCCCUGAAAGAUAAGAAAGAACUGGAAGGUGCUGGGAAGAUUGCCACCGAAGCGAUAGAAAAUUUCCGGACUGUUGUUUCUUUGACUCGGGAGGAGAGGUUUGAAUACAUGUAUGCCCAGAGUUUGCAGGUACCGUACAGAAACUCUUUGAGGAAAGCACAUGUCUUUGGAAUUACAUUUUCCAUCACCCAGGCAAUGAUGUAUUUCUCCUAUGCUGGCUGUUUCCGGUUUGGUGCCUACUUGGUGGCUCAGGGCAUCAUGGAGUUUCAGGAUGUUCUCUUAGUGUUCUCAGCUAUUGUCUUUGGUGCCAUGGCUGUGGGACAGGUCAGUUCAUUUGCUCCUGACUACGCCAAGGCCAAGGUGUCAGCGGCCCACGUCAUCAAUAUCAUUGAAAAAAUUCCUCUGAUCGACACCUACAGCACAGAAGGCCUAAAGCCGAAUACAAUGGAAGGAAACGUGGCAUUUAAUGAAGUCGUGUUCAACUACCCCACUCGACCAGACAUCCCAGUGCUUUGGGGGCUGAGCCUGGAGGUGAAGAAGGGCCAGACGCUGGCCCUGGUGGGCAGCAGCGGCUGCAGGAAGAGCACGGUCGUCCAGCUCCUGGACCGGUUCUAUGACCCCUUGGCUGGCACAGUGUUAAUCGAUGGCAGGGAAAUAAAGCACCUGAAUGUCCAGUGGCUGCGAGCACACAUGGGCAUCGUGUCCCAGGAGCCCAUUCUAUUUGACUGCAGCAUCGGCAAGAACAUUGCCUAUGGAGACAACAGCCACGUCGUGUCCCAGGAGGAGACUGAGCGUGCGGCCAAGGAGGCCAACAUCCACCUGUUCAUCGAGAUGCUGCCAGACAAAUACAGCACCAGAGUCGGGGACAAGGGGACUCAGCUCUCUGGCGGCCAGAAACAGCGCAUCGCCAUAGCCCGCGCCCUCGUCAGACAGCCGCACAUCUUGCUUCUGGACGAAGCUACCUCGGCUCUGGACACGGAAAGCGAAAAGGUUGUCCAAGAAGCCCUGGACAAAGCCCGAGAAGGCCGCACCUGCAUCGUGAUCGCUCACCGCCUGUCCACCAUCCAGAACGCAGACAUGAUCGUGGUGUUUCAGAACGGCAGAAUCAAGGAGCACGGCACGCACCAGCAGCUGCUGGCACAGAAAGGCAUCUAUUUCACCAUGGUCAGCGUCCAGGUUGUCCAAGAAGCCCUGGACAAAGCCCGAGAAGGCCGCACCUGCAUCGUGAUCGCUCACCGCCUGUCCACCAUCCAGAACGCAGACAUGAUCGUGGUGUUUCAGAACGGCAGAAUCAAGGAGCACGGCACGCACCAGCAGCUGCUGGCACAGAAAGGCAUCUAUUUCACCAUGGUCAGCGUCCAGGCCGGAACGAAGCGCUACGAGAGUAGUUUGGCAUUGAACCACGAACAGAAGCACCGUCUGGGAGCUGUGGCCUCCAGCGCCCUGUGCCAGGGGGACCUGAGAGGAGUCCUGCUUCCCCACAAGACCAGAGAGCCUUUGAGAAGUCCGGGCUUCCAGAAGAGAAGUCUCAGCCCACCUUUGGAGCCCGAAACUGUGAGUUUGGAUGCGCUGAGAGCGCGCGAGGUGCAGCUUCCCUUGACUUGCACCACCCCGCCCCCAGAGGACACAGCUCAGGGCCAGAGAGAUCUCAUCCUGCACUUGCUCUCGGGGCAAGUGAGAGCUGCCCCUGACCCUGUGGCCAGCCCCCUGCGUGCUCCCGACAGCAGUGGCAAGAACAGGAUCUGGCUGGCUGAUGACUGGCCAGGAGGGCACCCGUGGAGGCCCCGUGGGGAGUCAGGACCGCCGCCUCCGCCCGGCGGUAACAAGGGGCCCCUCCCACCCCCGGCGUCAGCGGAGUCCAAGUGGAGAGCGACGCGGCUCUCCCUGGCGGGGCUCUGUCCUCAGAUCAAGGGAGACAGAAGGUUUCAGAACGUCCGAGAAGCCAGUGUGGCUGGCAAGAGUGCGGGAGGGAGAGAGGUAGAAAAUGAGAUGACUCGCUCUGGCUUCUGCUUUGAGAGUGAACAGAGGCAGCGGAGGAGGCAAAGACGGGGGCAGAGGAGCCUGAGGAAGAGAGGGCAGCCUGAGGAAGCUGCCGCAGCCCCUCGGGCUGAGAUGGAUCCAGAGGUGGGAAGGAUCGCAACAUUCCGGAUUACCGAGACGAGGGAGGACGGAUUUGAACUGGGCGUCAGCAGCAGCCAAGCUAAGGAAAAAAUGAAGAAAGUAAAUUUGAUUGGACCAUUAACAUUGUUUCGAUACUCUGAUUGGCAGGAUAAAUUAUUUAUGUCUUUUGGCACUAUCAUGGCCAUAACUCAUGGAUCAGGUCUGCCCCUCAUGAUGAUAGUAUUUGGAGAAAUGACUGACAGAUUUGUUAAUACUGGAGGAAAUUUCUCCCUUCCAGGAUUCAUAGUGGGGUUUAUCAGAGGAUGGAAGCUCACUCUUGUGAUAAUGGCCAUCAGCCCUAUCCUGGGAUUCUCUACAGCUGUUUGGGCAAAGAUACUCUCAGCGUUUAGUGACAAAGAACUUGCUGCAUAUGCAAAAGCAGGUGCUGUGGCGGAAGAAGCUCUGGGGGCCAUCAGGACUGUGAUCGCUUUUGGGGGCCAGAAGAGAGAGCUGGAGAGGUAUCAGAAACAUCUAGAAAAUGCCAAAAGGAUUGGAAUUAAAAAAGCUAUUUCAGCGAGCAUUUCUAUGGGCACUGCCUUCCUGCUAAUAUAUGCAUCGUAUGCACUGGCCUUCUGGUAUGGAUCCACUCUAGUUAUAGCCAAAGAAUACACUAUUGGAAAUGCAAUUACAGUCUUUUUCUCAAUCCUGAUCGGAGCCUUCAGCAUUGGACAGGCGGCUCCCUGUAUUGAUGCUUUUGCCAGUGCAAGAGGAGCAGCAUAUGCGAUCUUUGCUAUUAUUGAUAAUGAUCCUACAAUUGACAGUUUUUCAGAGAGAGGACACAAACCAGACAACAUCAAAGGGAAUUUGGAGUUCAAAGAUGUUCAUUUCUCUUAUCCUGCUCGGCCGGAUGUCAAGAUCUUGAAGGGCCUCAACCUGAGGGUAGAGAGCGGGCAGACGGUGGCCCUGGUUGGGAACAGCGGCUGUGGGAAGAGCACAGUAGUCCAGCUGGUACAGAGGCUCUAUGACCCUGAUGCGGGGAGGAUUAUCAUCGAUGGGCAGGAUAUUAGGACAUUUAAUGUAAAGUAUCUGAGGGAAAUAAUUGGAGUGGUGAGUCAGGAGCCAGUGCUCUUUGCCACCACCAUUGCUGAAAAUAUCCGUUACGGCCGUGGAAAUGUCACCAUGGAUGAAAUAAAGCAAGCUGUGAAGGAAGCCAACGCCUAUGAGUUUAUCAUGAGAUUACCACAGAAAUUUGACACCCUGGUUGGAGAGAGAGGGGUCCAGCUGAGUGGUGGGCAGAAGCAGAGAAUCGCCAUCGCCCGGGCCCUGGUUCGCAACCCCAAGAUCCUGCUGCUGGACGAGGCCACCUCAGCGCUGGACACGGAGAGUGAAGCCGAGGUUCAGGCGGCCCUGGAUAAGGCCAGGGAAGGCCGGACCACCAUAGUGAUAGCGCACCGGCUGUCCACGAUCCGAAAUGCAGAUGUCAUCGCGGGGUUUGACGACGGAGUCGUUGUGGAGCAGGGAAGCCACAGGGAGCUGAUGACGAAGGAAGGGGUGUACUUCAGGCUGAUUUCAGGAAGCCAGAUCCAGUCAGAAGAAUUUAAAGUCACACUCGCUGAUGAAAAGCCUGCCAUGGGUUUAACUCAUCCCAUAGUUAGGCGUUCUCUUCAUAAAAGCCUGAGGAGUUCACGACAGUAUCAGAAUGGCUUUGAUGUGGAAACCAGUGAACUUGAUGAAUCUGUGCCACCGGUGUCUUUUCUGAAGAUCCUGAAACUGAACAAGACAGAGUGGCCCUACUUAGUGGUGGGAACCCUGUGCGCUGUGGUCAACGGGGCGCUCCAGCCGGCCUUCUCGGUCAUCUUCUCGGAAAUGAUAGCGGUGAGUGUGGAAACACCACUGGAUGGCCUGAGUGAAAUCACUUCACCAGGAAGUCAGUUCUCAUGCCAGCCCGGUCCACUCUGCAGUAAGGCAGCCUCCAAUGAAACUAAGCCAAAGGCUUUCAUUCCCUGUUGAGGAAAGCCGUGAGGCAAAAGAA